CUCUCCUCUCCCGCGGAGCCCAGAGAGGCCUGAAGGUUUCCUGUCUUCAGACCUGACAGAUCUGUGCCUUUGUCGUACCAACAGGCGACACCAACCACACGAGUGAUGCAAAGAUUCGCCGCCCUGGUCGUCGUGAUGAUGGCCCUCGUCUGCACUGUGACGUCGGACAUCAACAGAGAAGGUAGACACUCGUCUGUCCAGCAGCCUGCUUCCACUCAGUGCCUUCACUCUUACUUGUGUGUGUGCUGCGGUCUCUCUGGCGUGCUGCAGGCGGAUCAGCUGAGGCUGCCUACGAGAGAAGUGGUGCCCCUGCCGACGGAAAUAGCAGCCUGCAAGGUGCGCAAGUGUGCACUGCACGAUUCUAUGUCAUGGAGGGGGUGUGUGUGUGGGUGUUUGUCAGAGGGCCCGGGCGGCGUGAGCACUCCCCUUGCUCCAUUGGGGGGUGGCUCGGCCGGUGUGGAGAACAACAGCGGGUCACUUUGCAUGCCAGGGACCCCUGGCUGCGGCAUGCCCUCGGCUUCCGGUGAGGCGUCAGCCGGCACCCUUGUCGUUGACGGCAAUGCGAUUGAGCCUGAGACGGAAGUGACGGCCGAUGGCAGCCCACUUGACGAGGCUGGUGCGGCAAAUGGCGGUAUGUCACUCACUCCCGUCACGGACGGUCCGACUUGUUGGCGUGCAUGAUGUGUGUGGUGUGUGCGUGUGUGCCAGGGAGUCGUUUGCGGAGACUUGUGGAGGCCGGCGGCGACCAGACCACACCGCCGCCCGUGGACGAUGCGGGUACGACGCACCGUACUUUCGACGAGAAGGACAGGCGAUUAUGUGUGUCGGGAUUUGCCCUUGUCCUUGUCCGUGUGUGGUGUGGUGUGGUGUAUGGGCGCCGUUGUAGGGUGGCGGGAGCGCCUAAAAGGAUAUAAAGAAAAAAUUAAAGGCCCCCUUAACAGAGACGGCAAUGCCAUUGAGCCUGAAAAUGAACUGAUGGCGGAUGGCAGCCCACUUGAGGACAACGGCGGCGCGGCCACUCAUGGUGUGUCACUCACUCCCUCGGGUGAUGGAGGGUCGAAACUGCUAGGGGUGUUUGAUGUGUGUGUGUUGUGUGCGUGUGUGCCAGAGAGUCGUUUGAGGAGACUUUGGAGGCGGCUAUUCCUGGACCUGGAAGAUAUCCAACAUAGCGGUAAUUAGGAAGAAGGCAAGCGCGCUCACGAGUCUAUGUAUCGCCCUUGUCUGUGUAUGCGCGCCAUCAGCCGGCCCCCUUGUUAAAGACGGCAAUGCGAUUGAGCCUGAGACGGAGCUGACGGCUGAUGGCAGCCCAUUUAACGAAGACAGCUCUGGUGACACCAGCGGUCGCAUGUGCGGACUCAAUUAAGUAGGGCAGCUUCUAUACUCCGCGCUGGCUGUAGUUUCGUUACUACUGGGAGGCCGUUGUUUUGGGGUGAGUGAGGCCAGCUCGUGUGUGUGUUGUGUUAAUAGUUGUCUGUCAACCAGACGGACGGCGAGGCACAGACAGGCGGAUGGCCCCUGUAGUAGUGUGUGUGUGUGUGUGUGUGUGAAGAUAGUCCAUAUGUGUCGAUAGAGGCCCGUGAUGGGGCGGUGUGCACCUGACACGACCGACCGACAGGGAGGUCGACUGCAGGCAGGUGCACUUUCUUUCGGGCUGAGUGGGGGUGGGGUGCGUGGAACUGCACGCACGUUCAUACGGCACUUUUGCUGACAAACACCGAGAUGGGUUCAAUCUUCAUCUCGUGGUGCCUAUCAUCCCUUCACACGUGCCCGCCAGCAGGGUGGUCGAACCUGUGCCGGCGAGAGAGAGAAAGGGAAGCCCUUUUCAUCUGUCUGUCUGUCUGUCUGUGUCUCUUGUGUAUGGUGUUCACUCUCUUUCCCGCUUAUCUCUUCCCGUCUGUGGUGGGUGGCGCGUCUGCCGCUGAUUCACUGAGCCAGGUGCCGCCCGUCACACGGGGGCAACACACACAAAUGACACGGGGAGGGAGGGAGGGAGGGAAGCGCUGUCAGCUGGACCAACUGUGUGGAGUUGAUUCGCUUUGGUUCCGUGCUGUUGUGUGCUUUCGUCAAGUGCCGUUGUCUCCUGAGUGCUCAUCGAGUCGCAUCUCGUCCCGAUGAGCAGUCGGCAGACACCCGGCGUGUGACGAGAGCAUACAGCACAUUGGGGAACCGAAUCGUCGUAUGGAUGCAGUGAGGGUGGUG